AAUUAAACCACUCUUGAUUCACAAGAUCGAUUAGAUGACUAGAGUUAGGGUAAGGGACAUAGACUUUUACUCGGUGACAGACCCAUCCUUUGGCCUACUAAAGGUCCGGCUACUCACGCCGGAGCAUCCAACGCCGGAUGAAGAUGACGACCAUGAAUCCGACGAGUUCAUCACCUUCAACCCUGCCUUUGAUUUGCCCUCACUCGUUGAAACGAUUUCCUUCAUACUCUCCACCCGCUUCAGCAUAGAUCGUCCAUGGAGCGACUCCAUCGGUAUUCAGAUCUUUACGGCCGCUCUCGAGGAACUUGACGGUGACGGAGGCCGUUUCGGGUUACUGGGAGAGGCGGUGUUAGAAACCGCCGGAGACUCGCCGGAAGAAGAACUGUGGUUGCCGGCGUGGGAACUGGACUUCGACCGCGUUUUUAGGGGUCUUGGUUUGGAGGCGGCGGAAUAUCACGUCGGAGAUCGGGAAGCCGAUUAUAUGGAUAAUGCUAUUUUGUCUACUCUUCGGGCGGCGGAGUAUGAUGAAGUGGAAUUGAAGAAAGAAGUAUUUUAUGGGGCAGCAGCGGAGGGCGGCGGAGAAACGUGCAGCGUGUGUUUGGAAGGGUUUUGCAAAGGGGACGCGAUCACUUCGUUGCCGCCGUGUUCGCAUAGGUUUCAUAAGGCUUGCAUCCUUCCAUGGCUGCGAAGAAAAUACACGUGUCCUCUUUGCCGAAGCAACAUAUCCGGUGGCAUUUAAUUUGUAAUUACUGAUUUAAAAUACGG